AUGAGAAUAUUGUCGGUUCUUACUUUCAGUGCGGCUGUGGCCGCUGCGAAAGUAAUCACAAGCGAUGCAUUCCGCGCCACCGUCGACGAUCAUACGGGCGCCUUAAUUGAGCUUGCGGACCCUCAAGCUUCUACUGCCAGGAACUGGGUCGGAUCAUCAAGCAACACGCCCUGGCAACCUACCGGCCGCAGAUGGGGUCUCGGGGACUUCGACGCUGGCGCCAGCUCGUUGCACCGGCAGUACUGGAACGCACCUCACGUCUCAUGCGACGGCGAGGAAACGUGUUCCUCAAGAUACAGUGCAGGCCCACUGGAUAUCACCGUCCAACGCACAACUGCUGGUCAUCGGGGCACACUGACCAAGAAGUACGUGUUCAAAAAUGUGGGCAAUGAAUCGCUGAAUCUUACAAGCAAAGGAGCUGUGUCCUUUGCUAUCUUUACUCCCUUCAACGAUCACUACUCGAACACGUCUGACGCCCUGCAAAACCGUGCACAUGCCCACAUAUGGGCACAUGGAGGAAGUACGGCGUGGGUCAAGAUGAACCAGGUGGGUGGGCAUGAUCGGGACCUCGGGCUCGUGCUCGUCAAAGGCGCUUUGAGCGGACAUAGCGUGGAAGGACGCGAUGACACAACUCUCUCGAAUACCCGAGGCGUCUUCCUUUUACAUCCGGCUAUGCCUACUCUUGGCCCUGGAGAAGAAAGCGAGCUGGAGUGGACGUUCUUUUGGCACCAAAAUUGGGACGACUUCUUCCGGCAAUGCGAAGAUAUCUCGGAGCAAUUUGUGGCGUUCAAUGCGUCAGAGUAUACAAUAACACCGGGGGGAAAUAGCACCAUCGACUUAUCGGGUUCACGGAUCAAUGCUGGGACUACCAUCAACGGGCACACUCCGACCAAUUGCAAUGGAACCAAAUGCAGUUUCACAUACUCGACCAAUGAUAUUAGAGAACAAGCCCUCACUGUCACGACUUCAAAGGAAGGCGAAGCCUCGAAUUCCACCACUGGCAUUUUCCUCAACUCCGUCCCCUCACUCGAACAAGUCCUAUCGUUGCGAAUCAAGUUCUUCACGCAGUAUCAACAGGUCGAUGCUGUUGGAAUAUUCUAG